ACUCAUAGAGAUAUAUCAUUAGUACCGAUAUCUCUAAUCUAUGGCACCACUGCAGUGUAGUGAUAACAUUUAAUUUGUUUUUAUUUUGUCUGCUUCGGGACACCCCCUGUAACUCAUAUUACGCAAGUCGGAACUUCUGCAGCUGCUAGACAAAUCUCCCCUCAUUUACUUUGUGAAUCAGUUAUAGAUCGGCAUCAUGGCUGGGAUCGACAACGAUGACAAUCAAAGCGAAUCUUGGUUGUCUCGUGUAACAGGAGAGAUCCAUGGAGUACCGUGCAUGAGAACAGCAUUCCUAUAUGGCAUAGGUGGAGGGUUCAGUGUUGGGCUGGCUACAUUUCUCUUUACAAGCCGUGUGAAGCGCUCAACUGAUAUGGGUGUCCUUUCAUUUGUUGCAGUCACCUUAAGCUCGUUCACCUACUGCAGAUAUAACCGUGCAAAAAUGACCAUCCAGCAGCGGAGGUUUCGAGAGCUUCAAGGACUUGAACCUAGGGAAGUUUCACAUCAAUAUAAACCAGAGAGAUGAUAUCCACCUAUUAAAAACUGCUGCAAUGUACAUAAUAUAUGAUUUAAAAUAUUUGUGCGAAUCAUGAUAAGAGGUGAUAAGUUUGUAAAGGUAAACUCUUAUCCCCUAAAGAGGUUAACAAUAAUAUGUAUGGCAUUUGAAAGUAUGAUAAACCUCAAAGAACUUUGUCUUGUAUUCUCCAGGUGUUUUAGGUAGAAACUACCUUAAUUUUGAAGUGCUCUUACUGGUAUAUCAAGCAGUCUAUGCCACUGGUUGAUUAUAAUAAAUCUUCACAAUAAUGAUAUGAACAGUAUAGUUCUCAUUGACCCCAUCCUAAGUAAACUUUCUUGAACUGGUUCUUGAUCUUACAACUUAUGAUAUCUGAAAAUUGUAUAUUAUGCAUUGUAGUUUUAUAGUAUCAGUAUACAUUGUGACUGUGUCAUAUUUUGAUAUCCAUGCAAAGGACCCUACAAAAGUGACAAAUCUGAGUCAACAUUUGGAAACAAAAUUCUUUCUUGAUUUCCUGUCAUUUUUUUUUCAAUUUCUCAUUUUCAAUCACUUGCUCACAACUUGUCACAUAUUCCUGUACAUGUUUGUCUUUAAAAUAUGGUGAUUAUUUGGUUCAAUUUAAACACAGGAAAGAUGACAUAAAGAAGUAAAUUGAAAUUAAUAAAUUCAAAAAUAUGGUUCAGAUCUGCUACAUAAUAUGUAGUUCUGAUGCAGAAACUAUAAUUUAACUGCUAGUUUAUAUCAUUGAUCAUUUUCCCUUUCCCUGUAUUUCAAGCUUUGAGUAUAUCACUAGUACUCAUUGGUUCAGGGGCUGCGGAACCAGAGGGUAGCCCCUCUCCCUUCCCAUUUUUUCCAAAACCUUGUACAAAAACAUUGUAAUUUUUUGCAUGGAACCCCAUGAAAAUCAGAGAGUUGUUAGGAAGAAGCUGUAUCUCUUGUAAUUUAUGCAAAAAGCAUUGAUGGGUUCUGAAGCGUAACAAUGGAAUUUGUAACAUGCUACUUGGCUUUGAUCUUCAACUCAGCACACGGUUAUACUGUUGUGAUUUUUUCGGGAUCCUAGUUUUUAGUACCAACUUUGAAUUUAUUGGUUAAAAUGCAAUACAAAUUAUAAAGCUCAUCAAUAAUGGCAAAAGGACAUCAUCGGACAAGCUUGUCAGAGUUAGCACUGUGCCAAUAUUAUAAUUUGCAUACCAGAGUCGAUCAAAAUUAGCCUUUUUUAUAAAAAUUCAAUAUUUGAUUAUGUUCCAAUAAUUUGCACUCAAGUUAAUGUCCUGUCCUUAAAUCCAUGAUUCACAAUCUUUGAUAUAAGGUACUUUGCUUGUGACCGUUUUUACUUUAUUGGGAUAUUUUUUGCAGUUUUUAUUUAUUUAUUUAUUUAUUUAUUUCUGAUAUUUUGACAGGGUAGCCCAUUCACCAAUAAGUAGUGGUCUUCCAUGAGGCCCUGAAUAACAAACAUAUUUACAAAAUGCAUAACGUAUGUACAGAAUGUUACAUCAUUAAGAUUCACAUUAGGAUUUGAAUGUAAAACGAAACAUUAACAAACUUAGCAGCAAACAAAACGCAGACGGGCACUCGUUUGACGUAUAAUAAAAUAUCAAUAAAUCAAAUUAAUUAAGAAGGACAUCUUGAAAAUACUGAUAAUAUACACCAAAUCAUCAAGGUCAUGCUAACACAAAAUAAGCACAACAGUGGAUGUUCCGCAAGUUAUUUAUAAAUUACAAGUUCUUUUAAACAUUCUCUUAAAUGAAAUGACAGAAGGAGCUGUUCUAAUUGAAUUAUCAAGCUUAUUCCAUUUAAAUAUUGAAGAUACGAUUGGACUACACUUAUAACAAUCAGUGCGAAACUUGGGCACGCGUAAAUAUCCACUGUCUCUCUGUCUGGUAUGAUGUUCAUGUACAUCAUUUGGAUUGGUUAAGUUUACCUGAAGGUAAGAAGGUGCUAAAUUAUGGACACAUUUAAAUAUCAUCAAAACGCGACUGAGCUCAAAUCGUUUGUCUAGUGUCAUCCAUUUAAGACUUGUGAACAAAUCAGCCGACGGUGUGUCGUAUGUCUUGUUCAAUAUAAUUCUUGCAGCCCUCUUCUGAAUUUUUUGCAGCUUAAUUGUAUGGGAUUGAAAUCUAUUCGACCAUACAGCAGAACAGUAAUCAAAUCUUGGCAACACUAAACUGUUAUAAAGCAACUUUAAGGACUGCACAGGCAAAGAACUUUUCGCUCUCUUUAUUAUGCCAAUGCUUUUCUGAGUAAGUUUACAUACAUUUUCUAUUUGUUUUGACCAUUUCAGUUCUUCAUCUAUCAAAACUCCUAAGCAUUUGGUGAAUUGAACUCUAUUUAUCAAAUCACCGUUUAACAAAAUCGUGAAAGAAUCUAUUUUCCUGAGAUUAGCGCGAGAACCUAUUAUCAUGACACAAGUUUUUUCAGUGUUGAGGACGAGCUGAUUAUCUUUAAUCCAUGCCAUGACCUUGUUUAAUGUAACAAAUAGUAAAUAGUUGAAAAUAGUAAAGAAUUACAAAGUUUGUGUUUGUUCAUGAAAUGCAAUAACAUAUUUGACCAUUUUGAGGAUAUCACUAAAAGGGACAGCGAAAGGUUGCUGAGACAUGGUGUACUGAUUCGAGAGUUUUAAACCCUUAUUAUUCAACCAUUCUGUGAAACCAGGGGGCUGUUUCAUAAAGCUGUUCGUAAGUUAAGAGCGACUGGUGAUUCUUUCUUAUAUACGCGCUAAACCAUUGCCAAUGAAUCUACCAUCAACAAGAAAGGUUCACCAGUCAUUCUUAAAGUCGCUCUUAACUUACGUACAGCUUUAUGAAACACCCAUCCGUACUGACAGCACAGAAACGUUGUUAGCGCUAACAGUGCACUAACAGAGGCCCUGUUACAACCGGUUAUGUGGCAGCAUUGCAUAAUGUUGUAACAAUGCAUGACUUAACAAUCCAAAAGAUGUGACUGGGCUUACUGUUAGCGCUCUGGUAGGCUAACAACGUUUCUGUGCGGCCGGUGCAGCUGGUUAACAGAUGCAGAUUAGGGCAUAACUUAUAGGCAGUGUUGAGCAUGGGAUCAAAGAAACCAGCUUGACCCCGCUCCUUUCAUACAACUCCCAGUGUUACAUCAUCAUUAUUGAAGCUGUAAUAAGACAAGGGCGAGACUGUUAUACAGUUUUUACAAUUUUAAUGUUCUGAGAUCUAAUGAAAGACUACAAAAUAAAAAUGUACUAUCAAGAAGGGGUUUCAUGAAUGACUUUUCAGAUAUCUUAAUAGCAGACAAAGUUCGUUCAAUCCAACAGUUUAAUAUACUAACAGUCAGAUACAUGUUAUUCUCAGCCAAUCGAACUCAAGGAUGAUGAAUGUUGAAUUGCUCCCAGCCUCUACAGAAGGACACUUUUUUCCAUUCAAUUUUAACUAACUCUUUAGAGUGUGUGCAGUGAUUGAGGUUCAUUUAAAUGUCUGCCCAAUUUCCUUCCUAUGCCAAUAAGGUUGACUUGACUGCAUGAAGGAUUUCUCUGCCAAAAAUCAUGAUGAAUGUUAGGUAGCCUAUGCUGCUAGCAGUAUAGCAUUAAAUUCUUUUUAAAUUUGGCUUAAUAGUUGGGGGCGUUCAUAUGCACCCCAACGCAGUGAAUAUUGGCAAGGGGAGCGUUUCAUCAACAUUUUUCAUGUUGACAGAUCUGAAAUCUUUUCUCUAGAUUUUGAUUGGAUGAGAAGCACAGUUGCUAUGGUUACUAUCAAAUUACUUGGUCAAAUAAAAACAUCCGACAAGACCAUUCAUGAUACACUCCUUCAUACAAAACUCAUUACAAACAUAGUUUGAACAUGCUCAAUAUACAUACUAUACAGGUAGCAUGUUCUUAUUAUUAGCUCAUUUACAAUGUAAAUGCUCUAACUCUAUGCAAUAUGAUGUUCAGAUAGGUAAAUUAAAUGUGAAUGUGUGACAUGUCCAGCAUGUAUAUUGUACAGACAAUAUGUUUUUAUUUUCGUGACAGGUAGCUCAUUUCAAAGUAAAAUAUAUUAUGACUACCUGUACAUGUAGUACAAAGCUCCUUUCUGAAUAGGACUAUUUCCAAUAAAGUAAUUCAGUGUUAUGGAUGUUUAUUUCUUGAUGACCCUGUAAUGGGGGGGGGGGGUACUCUUUCAACUGGUUUGUAACAAAUAGAUUACCAAACUGUACCUAGAAUCCAUUUUUUGUACAAUUAGCAGGCCUCUUUCAGGUCGUUGGGAACUGAGAAUUACAUGUAACUUAUAUCACAAUCAAUGUUCAAAUCAAUUGCAAGUUAAAAUGAUGGAUUAACAGAUACAGUCUAACUUCUGACUUGCAUUUACAAGCAAGAAUUAUAUUACUAGCACUUCAUUUAAGAACCGAGAGUUUUGCUUAAGGAUAUAUUGACAAAGUCACCUUUACAGAAGUUUGUGCCUUGUCUUUACGCAGGACUCCCUCUUAGCUUUUUUUCAAAGUGGUUUUGUUUUGUAUAUGAUGGAAUGAAAUGAUUAUCAAUGAAAAGACACUGAGCAGGAUAUCUGCUGAAAUAGAUGGCUCAGAAUUUUAUAGUAAAGGCAGAGUUUAUUGUAUGUCAUAUAAACACAUGUACAGUACAUCUUGACAUGAAAUCUCCCAUUGUAUAAUUCACUGACAAGAUGUAUUGAUGACUGCAUUUUUGUUUUCUUGGUAUGAAAUAAAAAGUAUACAAAAGGCUAAAAAUGUUACAUUACAUGUAGCUUAUACUUCAGUUCUUGUAGCUAAACGUCUCAUAUUAAUUAGACAAAUUGGUUAGAACAAUUUGCUUUCCCGAAAAUGGUGAAAUAUCUAAAGAAGACAAAUUUCAAGGUUUGACAAAUAGAAGAAAAUUCAUGUUUUUUUUUACCAUUUUCAGAAACUGGUAUCAAAAUAAUCAAUAACUUCAAACAACAGAACCUAAGUCGAUUCAAGUUUCUAUUCAUAAAUUGAUAUAACACUUCACCGCAUCUCAGUACAUUUGCUUCAUACUUCAUAGAAAAUUCAAUAAACUUCUUUUUUUCUCAAGAUCAGUUUUGGGGGUAAAUAUAUUGUUUGUCCACCCUUCGUUUGACCUACGCUACCUGUACCAAUUGAAAUACACAUUUUAAAAUGCUGUAAACUAUAAAAUUGAUGUUAUAUUAAGUCGAACAUCAUACAUUUCAAUUUUCUUUAGCAGUAUAAUCACAAAUCAAAAUUUGAACUUACUAUGAAAUAUAUUCUGCAAUACAUCAUCAGGCAAUAUGAUGGUAUUGGUAAACAGUUUGCACGGCCUCUGGCUAAAAAUUCUGAAGAUUUCCGGUUGUACUCAGGCAUACAAUCAGUGUAUAACACAGCUAAAUGAUCAGG